ACAGGACAAACAACUGCAGCUACAACAACAAAAGGCCCUCCAGGUAAUGUUGACAGUGUGAAUGUGAUCACACAAAAUGAGAGUAGUAUAACUCUGACAUGGAACAAGGUUAACAACAUCCCAACAUACAUCCUCCAAUAUGGUGAUAGAACAGACAAAAUUAAUAAAACUGAAGAAGGACCCAUAGAACAUGUGGUCACUUCUCUGACUGCUGGGACAAACUACACAUUCACUCUCUUCACCACGUUUGAUGGACUCAACAGCAGUGAAUACAGAUUGAAUGCUGUGACAGCUCCUCUUAACACUGAAGAAUUUAAGAAAAAUGGACAAAAUGAGACCAGCAUAACUCUGGAGUGGAAAACAGUCCCCAACAUUGACAAUUAUAUUCUUGCAUUUAAUGGAAAACAGAUCAACAUUAGUAAUUCUACAGAAGAAUACACAGUCUCAAAUUUGACUGAUGGAACCAGAUACAGUUUCACUCUCUUCACUGUGUUUGGAAAUGUCAGCAGCAGUGGAGUAAACUGCAUCGCAGUCACUGCUCCACAAAGUGUUAAUCAUGUGACUGUGGUGCAUCAAAAUGAGAUAAGUAUAACACUGGAGUGGGACAAGGUUAAAAACAUCUCAGAAUACAUCCUACAGUAUAAUAACGGCACUGACAUGGAGAAGAAUAUCAGUGUUUCUGAAGAGGGACCCAUUAAAUAUGAGGUGUCUCCUCUGACUGCUAUGACAAAGUACAACUUCACUCUCAUCACUGUGUUUGAGGGAGUCAGCAGCACUGGAUACUCAUUUACUGCUGUGACAGCUCCUCGUAAUGCUGAAGAAUUUAAGAAAAAUGGACAAAAUGAGACCAGCAUAACUCUGGGGUGGAAAACAGUUCCCAACAUUGACAAUUAUAUUCUUGCAUUUAAUGGAAAAAACAUCAGCAUUAGUAAUUCUACAGAAGAAUACACAGUCUCAAAUUUGACUGAUGGAACCAGAUACACUUUCACUCUCUUCACUGUGUUUGGAAAUGUCAGCAGCAGUGGAGUAAACUGCAUCGCAGUCACUGCUCCACAAAGUGUUAAUCAUGUGACUGUGGUGCAUCAAAAUGAGACCAGCACAACACUGGAGUGGGACAAGGUUAAAAACAUCUCAGAAUACAUCCUACAGUAUAAAAACAGCACUGACAUGGAGAAGAAUAUCAGUGUUUCUGAAGAGGGACCCAUUAAAUAUGAGGUGUCUCCUCUGACUGCUAUGACAAAGUACAACUUCACUCUCAUCACUGUGUUUGAGGGAGUCAGCAGCACUGGAUACUCAUUUACUGCUGUGACAGCUCCUCGUAACACUGAAGAAUUUAAGAAAAAUUCACAAGAUGAGACCAGCAUAACUCUGGAGUGGAGAACAGUCCCCAACAUUGACAAUUAUAUUCUUGCAUUUAAUGGAAAAAACAUCAGCAUUAGUAAUUCUACAGAAGAAUACACAGUCUCAAAUUUGACUGAUGGAACCAGAUACAAUUUCACUCUCUUCACUGUGUUUGAAAAUGUCAAAAGCAGUGGAGUAAACUGCAUCGCAGUCACUGCUCCACAAAGUGUUAAUAAUGUGACUGUGGUGCAUCAAAAUGAGAUGAGUAUAACACUGGAGUGGGACAAGGUUAAAAACAUCUCAGAAUACAUCCUACAGUAUAAUAACGGCACUAACAUGGAGAAGAAUAUCAGUGUUUCUGAAGAGGGAAAGGGAGCCAUUAAAUAUGAGGUGUCUCCUCUGACUGCUAUGACAAAGUACAACUUCACUCUCUUCACUGUGUUUGAAAAUGUCAAAAGCAGUGGAGUAAACUGCGUCGCAGUCACUGCUCCAAAAAAUGUCCACAAUGUGACUGUGACACAAAAUGAGAACAGUAUAACUCUUACGUGGGAGAAGGUUAAUGACACACUAACAUACAUCCUAGAAUAUGACAGCGGUAAUAUUGUUAUUGGCAAGAAUGACAUGGACGGAUACACGACAUCAGGUGCAUCAGUUACAUGUGUGGUCUCUUCUCUGACUGCUGGGACAAACUACAGUUUUACCCUCUUUACUGUGUUUGAGAACGUCAACAGCUCUGGAUACAACUUUAGUGCGCCGACAGUUCCACCAGUGGUGCCUUGGGUCAGUGUGACUGAACGAUUUACUAACAACAUAACUCUAGAGUGGGAGAACAUGAAUAAAGCCUGGCAAUACCAGCUUCAAAUCAAUGGUGGUGUGUUACACAGCUCCUCAGUCAGAAUAGUAGUGACAUCUCUUCAGCCUGGAACAAAGUAUGACUUCAGCUUAACCACAAUGUUCGCUGGACUCAGGAGCACUCCUUAUACGAAUUUCACAGUAACAGCCAUAGACUGUGCCAGUGCAGAUUGGAAAGUUACCAACUCAUCAAUCGAAGCAAAGAUUGAAGGCUUGUUCUCGAACGCAACCGCCCAUAAUGGAUCUAAUGGCUAUGUCAGUGAUGGACGUGAAAAUGUGUCGUUUACUGGACUUUACCCUGGUGCCACCUAUCAGAUAUCUCUUGUCUAUGAAAAGUCUUCCAGAGUUUUCCUGCAGUGUGAACAUAAAUUAACAAUUCUUCCUCCUAAUCUAAAUGCUCACUGUGAGCACUGGGCAGCUGGAUACUCUGUUCUUAUUAAAUGGACAGACCCAGAGGGCGAGUGGACUAAUGCGGAGGUGAAUGUGACUGGAAAGACUCACACAGUAGCUAGUCCUGAAACUAAAAUCAUAAUCAAUGGAUUCCAACCUGCCAAAAAAUAUAAGGUGUCUGUAACUUCACUGUCUGGGCUGAGGAGGAGUUCUGAACCGCAUGUUUUUUACUGUCAGACUGAUCCAAGGGGAGUUAUUGCAGGGUCCGUAUUUGGUGUGCUUCUUUUUGGUCUCCUGGUUGCUCUGGUUGUCUUCAUUUUCCUCAAAAGACCAGAUAUUAUUAGCAGAAAGAAGUCUUCAUUCAUUGGUGGAUCCAAAGUAUCUAACACACAGAGCAAAUCUAUUCCUGCUGCAAAGUUUCCGGACCACUUCCAUCAGCUGAGUUUGGAUGAGAACAGAGGCUUCAGUGAGGAAUAUGAGUGCCUCGCUCCUGUUGGAACAGACCAGACACGAAAGACUGCUAAUCUACCUGAAAACAAAGCAAAGAAUCGUUUCAGUAACGUCUUGCCAUAUGACUGGUGUCGUGUGAAGCUAACUACAUCAGAUCCUGAUGGAAUUUCAGACUAUAUCAAUGCCAAUUACAUGCCGGGCUACAGCAGUAACAGAGAGUACAUUGCCACUCAGGGCCCUCUGCCCUCUACUGUUAAUGAUUUCUGGAGAAUGAUUUGGGAACAAAGAGUUAAGAGGAUCGUUAUGGUAACCAACUGCAUUGAAGGAGGGCGGUUCAUUUUCAUCAGACCAUUAGUGUGA